GAAGCUCAAGCACCCAAGCAAGCUAAUAAUUAUAAGGUCCUUUGCAUCAUCUCCUUAUUGCAUACUUCUGCUGGACCGAGUACGGCACAGCCACAAGAAACAUGGAGCCAAGCAGCAAGCAGAAAACCAAGAACAUGGCAUCAGGCACUGUUGAUCUCUACGAGUACGCCCACAGAAGAUCCACAAGGCCCACUUAUUCUUGGGCAUGGUUGUUUUUACUACAGGUACUGCUGCUUCUUCAUCCAUUGACUGUCCUUGGUGAUGGUCCGGUGGUCCCCUGCAACAGCACCCAGUUUUGUCAAGACUAUUUCCAAUCUCCCAAUAGCGAGUGUGUUGUCCAGAGCGAUAGUGACAAUGAUGAUGAUGAUGCCAACUCCUCCUCCUAUAUUAUGUACUGCAGCAAUCCAUUCACAGUCGGUGGCUGUUUGUACAACAUGUUGCCGGGCUGGAAUCGCCUGAGGGUCUGCAAUUCCCAAGACACUCUACCAACUGCCGUGGAUGCCGGUCAUUGUCGAUUGUCACGAUAUUACAAAGAAGUCCGAUUCUUGUCACAGAAUUGGGAAUCGGCAUUCAUCACAUCGUGGAUUCAACAAAUCAUCUUGAGUGAAUUGUUGGAUGUCCCGACCAGUAUGGAAACGGGCAUGUCUGGCUUGGAGGUCCAGUUUUACGACCAUCCAUUGCGCAUGGACUAUGGCACAUCCAACGAUUGGUCUGCGUUGCAACGGGCUACGGAACGGCACGGCGAUUGCAGUCAUCCUGCUAGCGGCGCCAAUGAAGAAGAAGAGACGUGCGCCCACGUCAAUGUAGAAGUAUGGGAAGGCCAAUCCGACUUGAUUGACGAAUUGGUGGCGGCCAACAUGGUGGAACCGUCGUUGGGCAAUGGUGCAUUGGGACAACAGAGUUGGUUCAUUCCUCGGAUUACCGCACUCAAAGAUCCCACGUUGUUGACGUAUUUGGGAAUGCGAGGACCAGAAAAUCGACACAAAAUGGCCGAAACAUUUCUGUUGCCGACCACAUGGCACGACUAUUGUCAACUUGUCUCGGAAGACGAGUGUGAUACACCCGACGAUCGCGUUACACGGCCUCCUUUGGACGACCAAGAGGGCAACCUCUAUCAUCACGCCAAUGACUAUCGAGGCUACUUUCGAUUCACCGACGCCAACAAUUGCACCCUCCAUCCCACCACGUGUCACGGAUUCAUGGCCGAUUAUCCGUGUGGGUGGUCGUCGUACUCCCAACCACAAGCGGUCUACAAUGACAUUGCUAUUGAACCCAUCAAAUACACGUACGGCGAACUCACGCAGAUUUGGGCCGCCGCCAAUGAUACACAAUCCCAUUUACUCUUGCAUUGGUGGACUCCCGAAGCCCUCUAUCAAAGUAUGGUCGGAACCGAUUUUGAAUUGCUCCGGGUCAGUUUGCCGCCCGCCAAUCAAGAUUGCAUCGAACAGCGCAUUACACCCGUCGAACGCUGUAAUGAGUCGAUCAGUGUGCAAUUGGGCGAUCCCGUCGGGGCAUGUGACGAACCGUCGUUUCCAUUGCAAAAAGUAUUGACGCGAUCGUUAUACGAUAUGAGUAAAGAUGGACCCCUUGCAGCCCAAUCGCCGGCGUACGAUUUCAUCAAGGGAUUCACACUGUCCGAUUUUCAACUGGGCAAAAUAUUUGAUUACUGGUUGGAAGCAUCCGAGUAUGAUGACAUUCCCAGUUAUGAUUUGCGCCAUGCGACUUGUCGGUGGGUGGUGGAAAACUGGGACGACUUGCAAGGAUUUGUCCCACGAACGUAUCCGCGGGUAUUCACAUCCGAUGACGAGAACAACAAUGCCAAGUUUGCCCAUACACUGCAAGCGCAUCCAUUUCAUAUUGUGGCACUGUCGUUUGGCAUUUGUUCCACACUGCUCAUUGUGGGAGUGGCUGUGGCGGUCUAUCAACAACGUCAUCGACGUGUCAUGCAAAAUGCGCAACUCGAAUUUGUCAGUAUUCUAUUGGUUGGAUUGGUAUUGGUCGCAUUGGCUGCAUUGGUGGCAGCCCUUCCACCGGUCAAUUGGACCUGCAUCACCGUGGCAUGGUUGUUCAAUAUCGGGUACACGUUGGAAUUGGUGCCACUGGUCGUCAAGAUUGCCGCCAUUUCACGCAUGAUGCGGGCUGCCCGAAAAUGUCGACGGGUCGUUUUGGAUCGGACCCGAUUGGUCCGCAUCGUGGCGGCCUUGUGCAUGAUUGCCGUACUGUUCUUGGGUGUGUGGAUGGGAGUCGAUCCGCCCCAUAAGGAACUCCAAUUGCAUUUGACCAAUCAACAAAAUGACAGGGGAGCCACCAUUGUCACGACAACGUCGCAUUGUGAAUCCAACUCGCAGGCGUGGCGGUUCAUUAGUGUCACUUGGCAUGUCCUCAUGCUCGUGACGGCAACCGUGUUGGCAUUUCAAACGCGAAAGUUGCAACAUGGCAUCAAUGAGAGUCAAGCCCUGGCCAUUUUGAUUUAUUCCCACUUCUUUUUUGUGGUAUUGCGGGUCAUCACCUUCUUUUUGGAAGAUUCCAUUGGGGAAUCGCAGGCUGCACUGUCCCGCAGUAUUCUCUUGUCGGUGGACGUUAUUGCCACGGCAUUCAUAUAUUUCAUACCCAAGCUAUUGUCAUCGGAUGACGACGAUGCCAACCGGUCCAGUGUCUAUGCAUCCACCAGGAGAAUGCCAUCGAGCAUUGUGUCAGGGAGUGUAGUGAUGCCCCAUGCGCCGCAGUUGGGCACAACAACAACAACAACAACAACAACAACAGCCACAACCACGAGGAAUCCUACCUGUAGCUCGGGCAUCAACGACAGUGCAAAGAACAAUGAUGUAGUCCCCGUAAUGGAGGAUAUCGAAUCGUUCCAUGAGGACGUGGUUGUGGACCAGGAACAUGCUCCAAACAAGGAGGGCGAGGAUGGCGACGACGAAAAUGGUAUCUUGGAAAGACACUUUCUUGACGACGAUGUGAGCAACGAGAAUGCACCUGAAACUGAUGCGAAACCGGAAGAAGCAAUGACCAUGAUAGAUGGAUGCGGUCUGCGAUGUCGACACUGUGGCAUUGUCAACUAGUUAGGGGACCAGUGCCCCGAAAGCAAGACGUACUUGCUUGUCAAACAUCAUUUCAGGCAAUGUUGGGCACUCUGGUUGCAUGACUUUUGCGCACUCUCGUCCCAAGAACCAGAACAGCACACAAAUGCAAUGUUGCGGUGUCGUUCUUGGCGGCCUUGAAGAGGCGUAUUAACUCGGAGGGAAAAGACGGAGUAUUCGGAGUCGGAUUCGAUUCGAUUCAUCAGAUCCUUUUCAAGUUUUGGAAAAGAAUACUAUUGAAGUGUACCUGUCUUCAAGGAACUCGGCCCUGAAAAACGAAAACUACACUAUUAGUACGACUGUGAUAUAACCGACUCCAUUCAUCACAACUGACCGCUGCUCGAGAAGAGUGUGUGGAAAGGGGCUGUAAGCACGUUCCCUUCUGUGGCUACCUGGUACCGGUACAGCAGUGGCGCCUCAAGACCAACACCAAUAUGAAACGCCCUAUUUCAAGUCACGCUUCGAUGCUGCUGUCGACAGCAGGGGGGGAAACAAUGAUAACCCCUUCCCAGUCAACACCGACCAGCAUCAUCACUCCUGUUUUCCAACCGCUACAGCGACCUUCUACUUUGCCAAGAUGGUGUUGGGCUUCCUGCUCACAAGAACAUCUUGGCUACUACCUCGCCUGUUUUGGAUUCUCAAUUUCAGUCCGAUCCUCAGUCUCAUCCUGCAUCUGAAGCAAGCAGACUAACUCUAGCUAGUGUCGUCCUUCUUUCCCUGCUUGUGUUGGCCUCGAAUAGAAGCCAGCAUAUCUCGGAUGGCUUGUACCACCAAAUCCGGUUGGUCGUUUUGAACUAAGUGCCCACUGUUGUCAGCCACAAUAUGUCGACAGUGAGGAGACAAGGCAGCCAAAUCUCGCUGACAAUCUCGAAAGGCUCGAAUCGAUUCUUUUGAAACCAAAAGGCGAGCAAAGAGCGACGCUUUUCCUGCCGAGAUAACUCAUCCAGAGCAUUCAAACACUUGGCUAAACAGCCAUCUUGACGAACUCCACGCUUCCACUGAUCUGGAUGAGAGGAAUCCAACAAGACGACACCUUCCACUUCAUCUGGGUAUUGUCGUGCCCAAUAUUGUGCAUACAUUCCUCCAAUGGAAUGCCCCGCCACCACAAAGGGUGGUGAUACGGCAGGAUGUAAUGAUUGAAGCGUAGACAGAAACUGCCUCAGGAAGAUUACAAUCUCGCGUGCUGUCUGUGGUUGUUGCUCGCUGGUGCUGCUCUUGCCGUAAUUUAGACGAUUAUAUGCAACGACGGUGCUCAUGUUGGCAAGGUCGUCGAAGAUCUUGGAAAAUGAUUGUUCCAUGCAAACACCAUAUCCAGUCAACAAAACCACAGUGGGUCUCCCUUGGCCGCCCACGGAAUAUUCCACUUGGAACGUCUUAUUAUUGGGCACGUCCUCGCCUUGGUUCUCGGCAUUGACGGAAAGGAGCUGUGUCUUCAUCGUUUCGGUUGUGCCAUUGCAGUGGUUGAACACUAAAACGAGAUACGGUACUAUAGCUUCCCU